UUGGGUCCAUCUUUGUCGUCGGUGACGAUGUACUGGUGGCCCUGAGAUUCCAGCCAGCUCCGUAUCCCCAAAGCAUUCUCUGCGCAGCCCAGGAAAUUGGGGUUCUUCUCGGCGUACUCGUUGGCCUUGUAGAACACUCCCACGAUCUUCUUGCUCUCCCCCACAGAACCGUGGAGGUGUCUAGCCAGAGCUCCGGUGGAAGAAGGAGCAGCCGGGAAAGCUCGAAUUGCAGAGGUUGCAGCUCGCUUCAGAUUCAUCAUCAUCAUCGCCAUCUUUUUCUCUGAUGAUUCUGGCGGAGCUCAUUGCUUUCUGGGGGCGUACUUAUUGUGCGAAGACGUGGCCAAAUUUGUCUUUGCCUCCUGGUGGCGGGUCACCCGUUACCCGACUUGCGGCGGCCGGACUGUAUGACAUAUCUUUUCACGGUCCGAUCUGCUCUGCUUGCGUGGCACAUUACCCAAAAGCCUUUCAACGAUGGGCUAGGCCCAAUAUUAAGUUAUUAGGGCCCACGGGAAAAGACAUCAGUUUGGUAAGUCUCGCCGCCGAUUAGCUGGCUAUAUCUUUUCUGCCUUUCCUUACGGCGGGAGGGAAUCGAAAUACUAAACCCGGUAUAGUAAGCAAAGAACCCAGAAGUUAAAACCUCCCGUUUGGAACUAUUCUGCUACCAUCGUCGGCGUUAUGGAGGGGGAAGGGGCGGCGACGGAGAGGCAAAGAAGGGCGACGGCGAGCCAGGUGGAUCAGUGGGCUGUUCAGGAUCACGUGUUUAAGAUUUACGGCGCUUUCGCCAGCAUUCCUCGCAGCGCUCAAUCUGUAAUAUUGGAGCUUCAACGAGAUAAGCAUGUAGAAUAUCUGACCAGAGGACUCCAGCAGCUCGGUCCCUCAUUCGUUGUAUUGGAUGCUAAGUGCGUACUUCUUCCUUCUUCUUGUGUAGCUUUAUUUAUUGAUGACUGUUUCGUUUGGUGUAGUUCAACUUGGACUGCUUCGAUUCUGAAAGUUUGGUUGUAUGUGCGCAGUCGACCUUGGCUUUGCUACUGGAUCUUGCACUCAAUUGCUCUACUUGGGGAAUCAGUUGAUGAUGAAUUGGAGGAUAAUGCCAUCGACUUUCUUAGCCGUUGUCAGAUGCCUCAUCUUGCAACAACGUAUGCUGCAGUCAAUUCUCUUGUCACUUUGGGCGGAAAUAAAGCGUUGUCGUCAAUUAAUAGAGAUAAUUUGUACAAAUUCUUAAGGCGAAUGAAAGACUCAAGUGGAGCCUUCAGGAUGCAUGAUGCUGGGGAAAUUGAUGUAAGAGCUUGCUACACUGCAAUUUCGGUCGCAAGCAUUCUGAACAUUUUGGAUGAUGAGCUGGCCAAGGGCGUUGGAAAUUAUAUUUUGAGUUGUCAGACUUAUGAAGGUGGUAUUGCGGGGGAACCUGGUUCCGAAGCUCAUGGAGGGUACACGUUCUGUGGACUGGCUGCUAUGAUUCUCAUCAACCAAGCCAAUCGUUUGGACUUGGCUAGUUUAAUUGAUUGGGUAGCCUUUCGACAAGGAGUGGAAUGUGGGUUUCAAGGCAGAACGAACAAGUUGGUUGAUGGCUGUUACUCCUUCUGGCAGGGAGGUGUAUUUGCACUGCUGCAAAGACUGCCAGCAUUUGGUGGGGAAGGCUUUGGGACUUCUGAUGUGGAAGUAGAGUGGGUUUCAGAUAGUACUUCUGAAGGAGAUGACGAAGAUAGGGAUUCAUCAGAUGAUAAUGAAGCUUUACACCCUGAGCAGGACCAGGAAGGCCAUCAGAGCUCUUCUCAUUCACCUGAGAGCAGCACAGCGGUUCACAUUCAGCAUUCAAGACACAAUCAGCUGGAACCUCUAUUUCAUACUAUGGCCUUGCAGCAGUACAUUGUCCUGUGCUCCCAGGAACAAGAGGGAGGGUUCAGGGACAAACCAGGGAAGGCCAGGGACUAUUACCACACUUGCUACUGCUUAAGCGGGCUGUCAGUGUGCCAGUACAGCCGGUCGAAGAACGAGAACUCGCCGCCAUUGCCGACCUCUGUGCUGGGACCUUAUUCCAACCUCUUAGAGCCCAUACACCCUCUGUACAAUGUAGUGUCUAGGCAGUACCAUGAUGCUCAGGAUUUCUUCUCAAAAUAUUGAACCUGGUCCACCUCUUACUGUUAGGCAUGAUGCUAUUAAGUUAACUAACAGUAACGUCCAUUUUCCAGCUCUUUAUUGUGUCAUCAUGUAUGUGUAUUAUUUUGUUCGAUGAGUGGUAUCAUCAUGUGUGUGUUGUAACAUUCAAUAAUGACAUUCAAGUAUUGAGUAAUCUUAGAUUUGACUUAUUGUCACCAAAG